CCUUGUCUAGUUCCUCUCCACGCCUUGGAGCUGCUCUUCCCUCAGCUCUAAAACAGGGAGGUAUCAAAUACCGUGUAGCUGGGGGGCCGAGGAAUGAGAUGCUCAGAGCCCGAUGCCGGGCUUACAUUGUCCUGGGGUACACCCCGCCCCCUCCCUGGAGGCAGCGAGCACAGCGCCACGUGUAGCUUGUCCACUGAGGCCGGUGUCUGUGUUCUCAGAGUGUGAAGAGUUGAAAGACAUCAUCGAAUCCGUGCUGGGGGAGACGCUGCAGUGUAAGCAGGGGAAGUUGGCAGAGACCUUGACCGAGAAGCUCAGGCAAUAUCAUAUCCUGAUUAAAGCUCAGGCUGAAGAGCUGACCCAGUUGUGGCAGAAGUUACGGGAAGGGAGAGAAGUUUCUGAGCCAGUCGAUCAGCACCUCAAGGACCUCCUCACCCACGAUGACCCCGAGCGUCCCCAAGGCCAGGGCUUCCAGGAGCAAGUGGCCGAGAGACACAGGCUGGCAGAGUGCCUUGCCCGCCAGCUCAGCCCCGAAGAUGAGGAGGAAGAGGAGGAGGAGCAGGAGGACGAACAAGCAGAAGAAUCCCUCACCACCAGCAUGGAGCUUCCGGAAGCUGAAAAGAAGGAAGUCCUCCAGGACACGCUGAAUGAAUGUGUUUUGACUCCUUCCAUUGGCCAAGGAGGGCGUGACUGCUACCAGCCUUACAGGGAUGGCACGUUCCCAUCGGAUAAACAGGAAUUCGGCUCUGCUCUGGAUGUAGCCUGUGAAUGCUCCCAUUCCAAAGGGGAUGAAACUCCACCCGGGUCCCCAGACAACCAAAUGGGUCACGAGGGGCUGAAAGGGCGAGAGUCAGAUGCCCCCAGGCUCAGUAGACAGCUGCUAGAGGUGGUGGAGGAGGAAAUCCCAUGGGACUCUCUGGAUGAACGCUACUGGACAUAUUCGGUUCUUCCUGACCUGUCUGACUCCUACUGGCCUUACAGGAGCACCGCCAUCUUCUUCCCUGAGGAACUGGAAGUCUCUUAUGCUCUGGAAAUGGCCAAAAAUCAGACCCAUCAAGAGGAGGAACAAGACCAAGACCUGACAUGCGCCAGGCUCGGCAGGGAGCUGCCGGAGAGUGCAGAGCAGGAUGUCCAACAGGACUCACUGGAUGAACGCUAUUUGACUUACUCAGCUCUUCCUGACCCAUCUGAUUCCCCCUGGACCCACAGGAGGGCCAACAUCAACUCAUAUGAGGAUCUGGAUGUCUGUCCUGCUCUGGAAGUAGCUAACAAUCAUGCUGAUCUUUGCGAUGAAGAAGACCAGGACCCGACAUGCCCCAGCAACACCAGGCUCUGCAGGGAGCUGCCAGUGGCCCCAGAGGAUGAAGUCCCACAGGACUCAGUGGGGGAAUGUAAUUUG